AUGGACUUCAAGAGGGAGGGCAGCUGGAACUUUUCCUUCUCUGGAGCAGGCUUCCUGAGUCUCUACUAUGUGGGUGUGACCCACUGUCUGCUGGAGCGAGCCCCAAGCCUCCUCCUGGGUGCCCAGCGCUUCUAUGGCGCCUCUUCCGGGGCACUUUUUGCAGUCAGCCUGGUCUGUGGAAUGCCUAUUGACUAUUGCUGCUCACAAAUCCUGGGAAUGACCAGUCUGGUCAAAAGGCUAAGCCUGGGCAUCUUCCACCCAUCCUUCACACCCAUGGAGCAUAUAAAAAACUCACUGCAGGAGAUUCUGCCUGAAAACGCCCACAUCCUGGCUUCUCAGCGACUGGGAAUCUCACUGACCCGCUGGCCAGACCUAAAGAAUGUCAUAGUUACCAACUUCGCCACAAGAGAUGAGCUUAUCCAGGCCACGGUCUGUGCUGUAUUCCUCCCAGUCUACUGUGGAGUGAUUCCCCCUGAAUUCAGAGGUGAGCGCUACAUUGAUGGUGCUCUGAGCAACAAUCUACUCUUCAGGAAUGAAAAGUCCACCAUCACCGUGUCCCCAUACCCUGGGAAGCCUGACAUCUGUCCCCAGAUCUACAUGGUCCACAUGCACGAUAUGGACAUCUUAAAACCCAUCAUCAAACGGUGUAACAGGAAAUUAUUCAUGGCAUACCUGGGCCUCAUGCCCCCGAGUGUGGAGGUAGUGGCUGACGUCUGCAGACAAGGCUACCUGGACACCGUGAGAUACCUGGAGAAGCAGGGACUCACUAAGGAGCCGAUACUGUGUAGUUUGGCAUCUAAGGCACCUCCAUCCCCUGCUGAAGGAGCUCAGGACUCUGGCUGCAACCAGGAAGGGAAUGCGGGCCUGACUCUCAACUGGGCGGUGCCCAACAAGUUGGUCAAGGGUGUGCCCAACUUUGAGCAGAUCUCACCAGAACUGGAGGCUGUCCUGAGGAACGCAUGCAUGAAGAAGCCCAGCCUCUGGACUCGCUUUUGGGGGUCGGGCUCUGGGCAGGUGUUGACGUAUCUGCUGUUGCCUUACACAUUGCCUGUCGAAUUCGUCUACUUCCAAUCCAGGAGGGUGGUGGAGUGGCUUCCGGAUGCACCAGCAGAUCUGCACUGGAUGCAGGGACAGCUGAGGAGCUUGGCCCAGGGGCUGUACUCCAGGACAAAGACACAGCUCCUCGGGCCUGUCAGCCCAGACCCACCCAGCAGGUCUGACGACAGCAUGCUGAGCCAGCCUUCCCCUCUGACUUGCUUCCAGACCCUCAUCCUGUGUCCAUAUCCACUGGUCAAGAGGCUGCACCUGGGCAUCUUCCACCCAUCCUUCAUGCCCAUGGAGCAUGUCAAACAUUCACUACAGGAGAGUCUGUCUGAAAUCGCCCACAUCCUGGCCUCCCAGCAACUGGGCAUCUCACUGACCCGCUGGCCAGAUGGAAAGAAUGUCACAGUUACCAACUUCACCAUCAGAGAUGAGCUUACCCAGGACAACAUAGCGGUCUGUUACAUUGAUGACAUUACAUCACUGGACCUAAUUAAGAAGAAGUAUUAG